AUGGUCACUGGUCAGUUCGACGCCUCGUUCGAGAAACACAAAUGCUUCUCUGCCAGCGCAGUUGCGGAAGGUAGCGCCGAAAACAUAGCAAACCAUAUUUCCCAAAGCAGCAGAAAACUUUCACGGAUCGAAAGAGAACUCGGCGACAUGCGCUCCGCCCUCGCCAAGCAGCAACAACAGACCGACGACCUCCGACACACUGUCGACGACCUCCAGAAAGAGCUGGCAGCCGCUGUUGCCGGAUACGAUGGCGAGCCCGACUCCAGCCUUCUCUGCAUCAACGUGUCCGCGCCCAUCGCCAAACAGAAGCUCGUCGACGCCUUCGUGCCUUGGCUUCGAGAUGUUUGCACUCAGGGUGAACACGAGGACAAGUUCCUUUCGAGUGGUACCGACGACGGGCCCGCCAGAAAUUAG